CAGCAAAGUGUUCAAAACGAAUAUAGAUUAGAUCAAAAGAAUAAUAAUAAUAAAAAAGAAAUCCUAUAAAUAAAAUGGGUCUUAAAGGUUGUGAGGUACAAUUGGAUAAUCCCUGGAAUACUUAUUAUGCUGGUCAAACCAUAAAUGGACAAGUCAAAUUAACAUUUGACUCGGCCAAAAAAGUUAGAGGUAUAAUCAUACGUUUUGUGGGCGAAGCCAAUACAGAAUGGUCGGAAACACGUAAAGUAACGAGUAGCGAAGGACGUGAAGAAGAUGAGACCACCACGUUUAAGGGUCAUGAGGAAUACUUUCAAAUACAAUAUUAUUUGUUGGGUGGAAAAAAUAGUGCUGAAAUCGAGUUACCCGCUGGUACUCAUACUUAUCCAUUUACUUGUGCUUUGCCCCCCACUUUACCCUCUUCCUUUGAGGGUGAAUUUGGUCAUGUACGCUACACAAUUAAGGUUACCCUCGAUAGACCCUGGAAAUUUGAUCAGGAUAUGAAAAUGGCAUUUACGGUUAUUUCACCCGUUGACUUGAAUCUCAAUCCUCGUGUUAAGGAACCCUUCAAAUUGGAAUUGGAGAAAUCAUUCUGUUGUUUCUGUUGCAAGUCGGGCCCAUUGUCGGUGAUAACCUCUAUACCCGUUACGGGUUAUGUUUCGGGACAAAUAAUACCCAUAACCUGUGAAUGUGAUAAUGCCAGUAAUGUGGGCAUAACUGCCGUUAAAUUUGUGUUGCGCAAACGUGUAACGUUCAACACCACCCAACCGAGAGCGGAGAAAAAGGAGUCGAAAAUCACCAUAGCCGAGCUAAGUAUUGGCCCGGUAGCGGGUGGAGAAUCACGUACAUUCUCCCAGCAAUUGGAAAUACCAGCACUGCCACCCACAAAUCUGGUAAAUUGUGGCGUUAUUGCAUUGGAUUAUGAUUUGCAUAUUGAAUGCGAUGUCAGUGGACCACAUCGCAAUCUGUCGGGUAAUAUUCCUAUUACCUUGGGCACCAUACCGUUGGCUUCGUUUAAACCACCGGCACCUUAUACGGACGUACCAGCUCAGGUGGUACCGCAGCAGCCCACAGAUGAUCCUUCAAUGGCUCCCACCCAGCCGGUUAGUCCAGCUAGUCCACCGGAGGGUCAAGGUGGUGCCAUGGGUUGGAAUGUGGCCGACAGUGCUGGUGGUCAAUUGUAUCCAAAUAUACCUCCUCCCCAAUUUGUGGAGACUCAAUUUAGAGCUCCUAAAAUAACUGGUCGUGAUGAUUCUGAACACACUCAAGUGAUAGGUGAAGCUAAUUUUUCUCCACGUUAUCCCACAUUUCAAUUUAAUCCCUCCGCUCCUCAAAUGUAAUUGAAUAUUUUUGUUUUUUUUUUAAAUGGACUACAUAUUUGUUUCCUAAUUUCUUCAAAAACUUUUUAUAGAAUUAAUAUAAAAACUUGUAUUUUUUUCACUAAAUGUUUAAAUUAGCAAGCAUUAAGCUUAAAAGGAAUUUGUUGAAAGUAAGAAAAAAAAUGUAAACGCACAAUUAUAAAGGACUUUGUUAAAAGUAAAAAAAUAACUAUUGUACUAAGUUUAAAUUAAAAAAAAAACUAAAAACUCAAGGGUAUUUUUGUAAAUGAUAUUAAACAAAAAUCAAAGAAAUCUCUUAAAUAUUGAUAUUUAUCUAUUAUAAUUAAAAUAAAAUUUGGAAUUUCCUUAAGUUUCCUUAAAAAACAAAGCAUUAAAAGAUUUGAAAAAACUAAUAACUUUUCAAUAUUUCUUUUACAUAUUAUUGUUAUUUUGAUUAGAUUUCAAUCUACUAUUUUUAUAUGCAUUUAGCACCGUCCUAUGUCCUAUAAUUCUUUUAUUUUAAUAUUAUUUUUAUUUAAAUGAUUUUAUUUUUAUUAUAUUUGUUUUUUUUUUGUGUUUUCCUUAAAUAAGUUUUUUUUUACUAUUUUUUAUAUGAAUUUCUUUAAUUUGUUUGUCAAACAUAAAUGAGAGUGCCUAAGAAAAGCUUAAAAAGUUUUGAAUUUUUAAUUAAAAUUAGUUUUCUUUUAAAAAAAACUAAAAAAAAAAUUAUAUAUAAACAAUAUUUUUUGUAUAAAAUAUUUCAACCGCUUCCAAUUAGUAAAACAAAACUGAAACUAAACUAUAAAAUAUUUAAAAUAUGCAUUAAAAUUAUUAUUAAAUUUACAAUUUUCUUUAAUUUCAAAUUGUAUUUCUUUUUUGUGUUCUUUAAAACAAAACGUAAAAACAAAAUUCUAAAUAAAUAAAAACUAUAAUUUUUAUAAUAUAAA